AUGACUGCCGGCCAAUUUCAACCAUUACAUCAGAAACAGGAUUCUCAAACUGCGAGUACAAGUUUGCACAAGGCCAUGUUUAAGAAACCAUCACCACACCAGCUUUCAGAAAUGAAGAACAAGUUUGCUUCUCCUACCGAUGAUUUGCUCUCUCCAUGUUCCCAGAAGUUGAACGAUCACAGAUCGAAGUUGUUCCAGGCAAAGAGCAAUCCUACCAAGUUGAAUUUCCAGUCGAAGCAAUUAGCAGAAGAGUUUUAA